AUGACGGUCUCUUGUGAAGAAUUGAUGCUACUGCUCCUCCAUGACGAUUCCCGCGCAUCGGACAACCCCGACUUCAACACUAUUGUAUCUUUGCUGAAAGCAGGGAAUUUCCGCGAGCUUUUCGAACAUCCGUGGUUCCGUAAGUUCGGAGCGAUUUCGUUUAAGUCUACCGAAUCCGUAUCCGAGUUUCUGGACAAUGACGUUUGUGGGGGCGAUGGAUCCGACGGACUCGAAUUGCUCACGGCCGGUGUUGUUUUCUUGAGCUACUUCUUCCGAAGAAAUUUCAUAGGACCCCCCGAUGAUGGAAGUACAGACUCGGUGGCAAUCGGUGACCAAGGGAAAGACUCAAGGCUCCUGGAUAUCGAUGGAGAGCAAGCCUAUCAUCUAGUGACGGUCCCAUGGGCCCUGUUUGCCGCGAGGAAAAUAUUGAUCGAGAAGGCCGAAGAGCUGAAAUCCUUUAGAACAUUAAAAGUGUGGCAGCAACGUUACGCCAUGACACAUCAACAACUUAUCUCGGAACGUGUUCAGUCGCUCCAGAGAAUCGUUGCUGAGUGUACCGCCGGCCUCGACGACGAUUCGCUCAUCGAGCACACGGAGCUGUGGUGUCAGUUUCAUCUCGAAUCGGCCGUAGCGAAUGUCGAGUUCUUCAACGAAGCUCGAGCGGCCGACAUUCUCAGGAAUGUUUCAAAGCGCCUCGGCUUCAAUGUCAAGCUCGAUGGAGCCCUCGGGACUAGAACUCGCUUCCAACAGAAAUCCGUCGCUCAACUGACGCUCACAGUCGAACGAGCCCCAGGCGAAGUUUGCAUUGAGCACGAAGAUGUGCAGAAUAAAGAUCAACUGCCAAAAGACGUGACCCUCCAGGAUGAGACUGUUCUACACCAAAUCAAAUUUGACCAGGAACAGGAGAAUAGCCGAUUGAAUUGCAUCGAGCAAACCAUCGUAUUGGGGAUCUCGAUGCUCCGGAAAUGCCUCAGCGGGGCAGAAGAGCUCAGAGAAGAAGAAGUCGUCGCUCAUUACUCCCGUUUGGUCACCGAUCCUCAGAUAUGGGGGAUUCAGUUCAGCGCGCUUUACCAGAGGUCGAGGAUAGAAAUUCAAAAAUCGCGGAAGGUUGAGAGGGCUCUCUCUCAGUUCCAGCUCCUUCUCGAUUGCGUCCGCAGCGACAAGAUGCCGUUUUCUGAACGCAGCCGAAUGGCGUUCGCGUGCCGCAUACCGCCGAUCUGGAAGCUGGAGCGAGACCUAGCUCAAGGUCUCCUCUCGCUGGGAUUGACCAAAUCCGCCCUGGAAUUGUUCCUCCGUUUACAAAUGUGGGAAGAGGUCGUCGGUUGCUAUCAAUCGACAAUGCGAAGCGAUCGAGCGGAAGCCCUCAUCCGGCAGCUGCUCAACGAGCAAGAGACUCCUCUGUUGCAUUGUCUCCUUGGAGAGAUCACAGGGGACACAGACGAGCUCGAACGCGCGUGGAGUCUUUCCGGAGGGUCCUAUGCCCGUGCGAAACGGUCUCUCGGUGGCUAUCAUUACCAGAAACAAGAAUAUCAGACGGCGAUAGAUCACUUCAGACAAGCACUCGAACUCAAUCGCUUGCAAUGCACGACAUGGCAUAGAAUCGCGUUCUGUUAUAUGAAAACUGAGCGCUAUGCCGAGUGUGUCUCCGCUUACAAGGAAGCGGUGAACCUGAAUCCAGAUAAUUUCGAGGCGUGGAACAACAUGGCCAAAGCAUACAUCAGCCUCAACGAAAGGGAGAAAGCCUGGCGGGUCUUGCAGGAAGCUUUGAAAUGCAACUACGAUGACUGGCGGAUUUGGGAAAAUUACGUUCUGGUGUCAAUGGACGUCAAAGCGUUCAACGAGGUCAUCAAGGGCUGGCACCGCCUGCUGGACCUUAAGCACAACUUCGCCGACGGGAGGCUUGCAAAUCUUCUGGUGAAGGUGAUCGCUGACAAUAUCAAAGAUGUUGACGGCAAUCAGACCGCGUCCUACCUGCGGAAGAAGUUAUACGAGCUUUUUGGAAGAAUUACCGCGACCCUGUCGGCCAGCGAUGAAAUUUGGAGCGCGUACGGCGAUCUCCAUUUCCACAGUGAGCCCGCUGAGGGAACGUCAUGGUCGGAACACGUUCAAAAAAUCGUUCAGUGCUAUCAGAAGGCUAUCCGAUUCACUAUGCAGUCUAAGUCCUGGGAGAAAAACUCGGAGAACGCUUCGAACAUCCUCCUGCUGCUAGAGAGAAGUUGGAGUGUAGUCGAUCACUUUUCAGAAAAAAUCUCCCCCGAGCAAAAGGAGAGGAUCAGGGCUUCUCUAGAAAUGACUUCCAAAAAUGCGGUCUCAUUGAUUUCACGAUCACUCGAAUACCACAAUGAGGCGGUCAGAGAGAAAUUCGAGAAGAGCAUGGAAAAUAUUAAAACGCACCACUAGCUGAAGAAUUUU